AUGGAGUGUUGUGAAUUUGAUUGUGUAUAUUUCCAGUUGUGCUUAAAAGAUCUAAAAUAUUUGGUUCUACUGUUACUUUUAAUAACAUGCUUUUGCAUUGCCGCAGAAGGCCAACUGAACCGAAUAAAAGUUCCUCGACGUGCAGGCACGUCAAAAUUUUCACUCAAUCCUUUGAAGCCCCUCAUGAAUCUCAUGCGCCAAGACCCGAUGAAAGCUGCUGCGCAGAGGCAUCAUGCAAAGUACCUUCCACCUCCACCAGGAAUGUUUCAAUCACCUGCACCUUCAAGAGCCUCCACAGUUCCUUAUGGGGUACAUCCAUAUCGACCUUAUCCAUCCCAUCAAUCCAGAUAUCUACCACCAUCAAGCAUAUCCUUAUUACCACCACUGUCUGCUGCUCCGUCAUCUCUAGUGCUGUCGGCGCUUGUAAAUGAUCACUAUAACCACUAUAACCACUACAACAAUCACCACCAUAGUCACUAUAACCAGAAACCCAUGUCUUCUGAUCUCCAAAUAAAAGCUGUGCGUAUUCCUUCGAAGGUGCGUAGACCAGCCUCCAUCGACUCCUUGAACAUAGCGGAUAGUGUUGUUCGGCAACUACUGGACUUCCCACAGCAGCAAACUGAGCAAAAUUAUCCAUCAGUGUUAGUGAUUGAGGAUCCAGAUGUGACGUCAUCGAACGGAGGUAGUGAAAUCUAUGGCGAUGCUUUGUCACAAUUAUCGCAAUUAUCGCAAUCGCCCCAAAAAGUUCUGCUAUCUCCCCCUGUCCAUGCUGAUUAUAAUGGAGACGCUUCGACUGAUGUGUCCAGCAACUCAGCCAGUAAUCCCGAAGUGUUUGUAAUUGUGUCUAAGAAUAAAUCCAAAGGAAAUUAUUUUUCUGACGAUAAGAAAACGGAUUCUCUCACUACAUCAGGAUCUUCAACGAAACUCAAAAAGUACAAAAUCACUUCUGCAUUUGAUGAAUCUGGAGGAAGACAGGUGUGGAUAAUCAAACGGUGAUUCCGUCUCUGAAGAAACUAUGUGGACUCUAGAACUCUUUAUUUUUGAAGAGAAAAAUACGUGUUGAUUUUUGACAAAUCAACAAGUGUUAAACAAUAUCCAAUGUCGUUUCAUAGGAGAAAAAAAAACUUAGGAUUCGCACUCCAGGCGAGUUGCAUGAAAAAUUAUUCCGAGGUGCUGGCACAAUAAUCUCGGCUUUCCUUCUUUUUUAACGGAAAAAAAAAAGACUCAUUCACGAAAACAUCUCAUAUUUUAAGUGAGAUUACGCCAAUUUUUCCUAAACUGCCAUGUGAAGUUGUAAGUUCAAAUAUGGAUUUCGAGUACGUAAUUGUAAGCCUGUGUUUCAAUAUAUUCCUGUCAAAUAGGAUUAUCCAGGAUUUAAGCAUCGAUAAAUGUUAAUACCGAUUUCGUAAAUAUUCACUUAAAAAAUUUCAUUGUUUUUCCUUAAAAUCAAAUCUAUUUUAAAGCAUUCCACUUUUUUUCCCAAAAAUAAUUUUAAAAAAUAAAUAAAACUUGAUAGACCACUAAGUUAUAACUUGUGUUUAAAAUAUGUAAAUAAGCAACAGAUCGUUACCUAACGAUUUUUGGAAUAUGAAAGAGUUGACAUAACAUUUUAGGAGUGCAAUAUUUUCAUUAAAAAUUGUUUGGGUAAUCAAACAAAGGAAAACUUUGCGUAAAAUGAGCUCCCCUCUGUGUGGGGAUCAGCAACAGUUAUAUGCAUAUAUGCUUUUUUUCUUUUUUUGAAGAAAAUGUAAA